AGUCAGUGUUGACUGGACAUACAGGAACAACUACUGCAAGCAAAGCACUCCAACUGUAACCAGCCGUCUAUCAAAAUGAACACCGAGCCUGUUGUCAUCGUCUCUGCAGCACGGACACCUAUAGGGUCCUUGAACGGUGCUCUGUCCACAGUGCCUCUGCCUGACCUUUGCUCAGCGGUGAUCAAGGACGUUCUGAAGCGGGCCGGGGUGAAUCCAGAUGAGGUCUCUGAGGUUAUCAUGGGACAUGUCCUAACAGCAGGUCAUGGGCAGAACCCAGCACGUCAGGCCAGUGUCGGGGCAGGUAUCCCCUACGCUGUCCCGGCUUGGAGCUGCCAGAUGGUGUGUGGUUCUGGGCUGAAGGCUGUGUGUCUGGGAGCUCAGUCCAUCCAGACUGGAGAGUCUGCUGUGGUGGUGGCGGGAGGCAUGGAGAGCAUGAGCAGGGCUCCUCACACGCUGCAAAUGAGAGCAGGAGUGAAGAUGGGCGAUGCCUCCCUGCAGGACUCCAUGGUGGCUGACGGCCUGACAGACGGCUUCCAUGGCUACCACAUGGGCAUCACAGCUGAGAAUGUGGCGAAGCAGUGGGAAGUCAGUCGGGAGGAGCAGGACCUGUUUGCUGUCCAGUCCCAGAACAAAACGGAGGCCGCACAGAAAGCGGGACAUUUCGAUCAAGAGAUUGUCCCGGUGAUGGUGUCGUCCAGAAAAGGUCCGGUGGAGGUGAAGGUGGAUGAGUUUCCUCGCCACGGCAGCAACAUGGACAGCAUGUCCAAACUCAGACCCUGCUUCAUAAAGCACAGCAGUGGCUCCGUCACCCCCGGGAACUCCUCAGGUAUUAACGAUGGAGCAGCAGCAACUGUCCUAAUGAGCCAAUCAGAGGCUGUGAAACGGGGCCUAAAACCCAUGGCCAGAAUUGUAUCUUGGGCUCAAGCUGGACUUGACCCAUCCAUCAUGGGAACUGGACCAAUACCAGCCAUCAGGAAGGCGGUUGAAAAGGCCGGCUGGCAGUUGGACCAAGUUGACUUAUUUGAGAUCAAUGAAGCGUUUUCUGCCCAGUCUAUUGUUGUUGUUAAGGAGCUUGGCCUGAAUAUAGACAAGGUGAAUGUGAAUGGUGGUGCCAUCUCUCUGGGCCAUCCCAUCGGUAUGUCCGGCUGCAGAGUGCUGGUGACCUUGCUGCAUGCUCUUCAGAGGACUGGAGGAACCAAGGGCGUGGCGUCCCUCUGCAUUGGAGGAGGGAUGGGCAUCGCCAUGUGCGUGGAGAGGGCUUGAGAAGAAAACGUUAAGCUGCUCCAUGGAUUGCACUCUCAUCUUUACUGUAUAAAGGGAUACUUAACUCAUUGUUUACAGUGCAGGAUAUGAUAUUAAAUGGUUUACCUGGGUCCUUCAAUCACUGGGCAUAAGGCAAAUGUGAUAAGAGUUGUGAUUGUUGGAUCCUAUUUAACAAUAGUUUACCAUUCUCACUGUAAACUUCAAUUAAAUUAACCCUUCCUCAGGUUAUAGUUGUGUGGCAUGUGAGUUAAUGUUAUGAUUUAAAAUGUCUAGAUAAUGUAAAUCUAGUGAAUACUAACAGCUUUAACAUGUUCUGGUAUUAGAUGUUCUAAGUACACAUGCUGGAACUAGUAGUUGUUGGCAAGCAGUCAGACAAGACUCACUGUUAUUCCCUUAAAAAUGACCUGCUUUCAGUUGAAAGUGUAACACAAAUUGCAAGUGCUGGUGCCAAUUAUGGACAGGCUUCUUAAGACAUGCUACCUUCUCUGUGGAUCCUUUUAAUUGUGAUGAAAUAUAUUUGAUAAAUGUUUGAAGUGCUCAGAUUUAGAUUGCUCUUAAAACUGAUAAACAUUCCACUUUCUCAUAAAUGAAGCAGACAGCAGCUUUUAAAAACAGCUAAGUGCCAAAUGUUUAGGUAUGCUAGCCUUCUCCAUCCUAGUGCUUCCUGUACAGGGCAUAUUUGUGUAAUGUCCAGCCGUCUACAUAUCAAUAAAGAGUUAUAAGCCAUAGAGUCAU